GGUGGACCUUUCAAAGAAUUACUUUAGUAUUACUGGGUGGCCUGUGGGUCUUCUUGUUCGGGGAAAUAACGUAAAAGCAAGAGUCACAUGAUCGCGUGCGAGAGAGAGCCUCAUCUCAAGCUUCUUCGGAACAAUGGCUUUCCGAUGCCGAACAGCUUCCCAUCACGAUACUUGCAUCCAGCCUGAAGUCACUCGCACGGCUCUCACGAAUUGAUUCUGCUUCAUGGCAUCUGAAUGGAUCGCCUUCGCCAGAAACUGGGGAGAUAUCCCGUUUCCAGCGUCCUGAGGGCUUUUAGAGGUCCGCGGGGGUCCCUUACGUCGAUCCAUUAUCCGCACCUGCGCUUCCGCUCUACAGUAACAUCCGACGCCCUUCCCUCAGCAAUUACAGCCCCAGCAGAACCCCCGCUGAUUGUUCUCCGCGACUACCAAGAAGAAUGUAUCCAGUCGGUGUUGGAUCAUCUGGCCCAGGGUCACAAACGUCUAGGUGUCUCGCUUGCCACAGGCGCGGGGAAGACGGUCAUCUUCACCCAAUUAAUCGGACGAAUACCGCCGCGUAAUGGCGUCCAUGACAAGACCCUUAUCCUGGUUCACCGAAGAGAGCUAGUCGAGCAAGCUGCCCGACACUGCCGUCUUGCCUACCCCAAUCGAGUUGUAGAGAUUGAGAUGGGUAAUAGUGUCGCCUCCGGUUCUGGGGAUAUCAUCAUUGCUUCCAUACGGAGUCUCACCUCCAAGGAUAGGAUCUCCAAAUUUGAUCCUAGACGUUUUAAACUUGUCUUGGUAGAUGAGGCACAUCAUAUCGUUGCACCGACGUACCGGGUUGCACUAGAACAUUUCGGCCUCAAUAACCCUUCGCCAGACUCGCCGGCUCUUGUCGGAGUCUCUGCCACGUUCUCACGCUUCGAUGGACUCAAACUAGGUGCCGCAAUCGACCAUAUAGUAUAUCACAAGGAUUACAUGGAUAUGAUUGACGAAAAGUGGCUCUCCAAUGCCAUCUUUACCACUGUUCGGUCAGAAGCCAAUCUCUCACGCGUUAGGAAGGACAAAUUCGGUGACUUCGCUAUCAGCUCGCUCUCUGAAGCCGUCAAUACCACGAGAACCAAUGAUAUCACUGUACGCGCAUGGCUGGCUAACGCACAUGAUCGAAAGUCUACACUGGUAUUUUGUGUCGACGUUGAACACACCAGACAGCUUACUGAGGCGUUCCGCGCAUUGGGCUUUGACGCUCGGUAUAUCACGGCGGGAACUCCAAGGGAUGUGCGCGAUGAACAGCUGCGUGCUUUCAGGAAUCAGGAGUAUCCCGUGCUUCUCAACUGUGGCUUAUUCACAGAAGGUACAGAUAUUCCCAAUAUUGACUGCGUCCUGCUGGCGCGUCCGACACGGUCUCGGAAUCUUCUCAUACAGAUGAUCGGACGAGGCUUACGACUGCACCCUGGGAAGAAGGACUGCCAUAUAAUUGACAUGGUGGCUACCCUGGACACUGGUGUCCUUUCUACCCCUACACUCUUUGGACUACACCCAGACGAACUUCUAGAAAGCGCGAGAGCAAAGGACCUGAGAGAGAAGAAGGAUGCCUCAACGGGUGCCGAAGAUCGCACCGAUUAUCCGCCAGAGACAAACACACCCACUGAGGAACCCGACACAACCGACGACGUCAAACUCACCUUCACCAAGUACGAUACCAUCUACGACCUCAUUCAUGAUAUGAAGUCUGAGAAACAUAUCCGGUCCCUCAGCCGCUACGCCUGGGUCCGCGUAGAUGAGGAUAAAUACACACUGUCUGACUCAACAGGAUGGAUAACCCUCGAGAAGACUAAGAACACAUCUAACAAGGGACAAAAAGCUGAUCCGUCAGCUACAUACACAGUUCACCAUGUGAUGAAGUUCAAGUCUGCUACCGAAUCGACCCAAUACACUCGACCACGUCUGAUCGCUACUGGCAUGGACUUUGAAUCCACAGUUCGUGCCGCUGAUACCUUCGCAGCCUCUGAGUUUGAUGAAAGGUAUAUCUCCACCCGGCAGCCCUGGCGUCAGCAUCCGGCCACUUCAGCACAGGUAACGAUGUUAAAUAAAGCCAAGAUUCGGAAUGGACGGAUUGCGCCUGGAGAUUUGACCCGGGGCCAGGCCGCAGACCUGAUUACGAAGCUCAAGUUUGGUGGAAAGAAGCGGUUCGCGAGCAGGCAGAAAAAGCGACGGGCUGCCGAUGAGAAAGCACAGGAGUUGGCCGAACUCCGGAGACGCGAACAGGUGAGGGUAGGACCUGUGGAGGGAUGAGUGCUACAGCCACAGUAUCAGUGAAAUACAGAGUACAAGGAAACCCGACAUCUGCCUCUUCAACCUCCGAAGGGUUCAUACGGCACGCCUCUUCUCACUAGGCGAAUUGUGGGUACUUCCGGGCUUUGAAGCCUAAGUACAUGGUAGCAAACAAGC